AUGGGCGACCCACCUCCCGAUCCCGCCAUCGUUUCGAGCACCAGGCCGAUGCUGGUCUAUUCGCGUGCAGAGCUCCUCGCGCUGUAUACGAGUCCGCUGGUCCCGAACAAGCUGGAGGGCAUGAAGGAGCUGUCUGAGUGGCAUGGCGACUUCAACGCACCCCCUUCUCCGCCCCAACAGCGCCACGGCCUCCCCUCCCGCCCUGCUGAGCGAUCGCACUCUGAACGCAACCGCCGCCUCAACAACAUCGACUCGUCUCCGUUUGCCAACUUUGGCCGCUUCGGCGUCGACGGCGGUCUCGGAGGUGAACUCGAGGGCGGGAACAGGCGGAGAGGCGGGCGCAGCGGGAAUCCUCUCGCGGAGGGCGACCGAGACCAGGCGCCGCACCUCGGCGGCGGAGGCGGGCGGGACAGGCGAGGCGAGCCGAGCAGUCCGACGAAGGAGCGUGGCCUUGGGUUGCUGAACGAGCGGGAGCGCGGCGACAGGCUCAAGGCGCGGAUUGGUCGAGGCGAGAUGGACGGGAAGGGCGAGAACGACAGGGACUUCAGGAGGCGGGAAACGGACGCUGCGCCUGGCCAGUCCCGGCGGGACCUGCGGCGAGGAGUCGGACCGGAGGACGAGGGCGGGUGGCGCAACGUCGGCAUGUCACGCGAAGAACGCGAGAAGCGCCUCUUACGCGCCCACCCAUCUUCCAACAACGUCAACGCCGACUCGAAUCGCCGCGACCGCGACCGCGAUGCUCCCUCACGUUCGGGUCGUCCCGCCUGGAUGGACGAGGAUUCGCCGCCCGGCACGUCUGGCUCGUCAGCGCCCGCAUGGAUGGACGCUCCCGCGACCGGUGGCCUGUCCUUUGGCUCGGAUGGUCACGUCCUCGAGGACGCCGCACCGAAGGAUGAACUUCCUUCAGGCGGACUCGCUGCUUUUGGCGCGGGUGCUGGCGGCAAGGGCGGGAUGGACGGCCUGCAGGCUUGGAAGGCUCAGAUGAAAGAGCGCGAGAAGCGGGACCGCGAACGGGAGAUGCGCGCAGCAGGGAUCCCCGCAGAACGGGAGGAGGCGAGUCCGCACGAAGAGGCUGCUCUCCAGGCGCCGCCGCCAAAGUCGAUCUUCGAGGAUCUCGGCAUCAGUCGCACGACGGGCGCCCCGCCCGGCUUCGACUCCCCGGGGUCCGCGCAAGACGGCGGUCGCUCGUCACGCUUCGCCAGGUUCUUCGACGCCAAGGCUCCGCCACCGCCUGAACCGGCCUCGCCACAGACCGCAGCGCAGCAGCCGGCGGCGAGCAUCUUCAGUUCGCUCAUGGGUGGAGCGGCGAGUCAACCGACGAGCGGCAGUCCCGCACCGAGCAAGGAGGAUGCGGACAGCAUGGCGAGGUUGCUGGGCAUGCUGCAGGUGUCGGGCGCGAGGUCGUCGUCUCCGGCUGUCGCAAAGCAGACCUCGAUUGCGGACAUGCAGCUGCCGCCUCACCAGCUUACACCUCCAGCAGCGGUCUCUCCGGCGGCGACGAACGACUCGUUCAGGACAGCAGACGACGCCCGCUCGACUAGCCGCUUCCGCUUCUCCAGCAAGUCGUCGACCGCCUCGCCGAGCGCACCGGCUCCUCCCUCGUUGGCGUUGCUCCAGUCACCCUUCCUCGCAGGCGCGAUACCGCCUCCCGCUGCGUCGACAGCAGCAUCUCCCGCACACUCGCACGGCAUCAAGUCUGCCGUCGAACCUCGGUCGCCGCAGCAGCCGCAGCAGCCUCAGCAGCCGCAGCGCUCGCCCGACGUCCGGCGCGAAGGCGAGAACGGCCACGCCUCGUCUCCUCCUCAGCACGCCUUCUCGCCGCCGCCUCCCCCCGGCAUACUUCCUCAAUUCGUCAGCGCCGGUCCUUCGCAGAACGGCAUCCGCCUUCCACCAGGUAUCGGGAGCCAGCUUCCGCCAGGCGUACCGCCUCCUCCUUUCGCGUUCGGUCCUGACGGCCGACCGAUUCCUCCUCUACCCCAUCCCGGACUUCUCCCUCCCUUCGGCCUUCCGAAUGGCAUGUCUCGCGGCGGACCCAUGCCAGGACCUGGGGGACCUCUCUCGCCUCCGCUCGUCAGCCCGAACGGAAUGCCUUCGACAGCAGGACCAGCCUCGCCGACUCAGCACGCUCGCUCGCCAGGUCAAGGUCCGCCGAAUGGCCAGUCUCCCUUCAUGCCGCCUCUCCCGCCGCACAUGCUUUUCCCGCCCGGCGGUCUCCCACCUCCAGGACCGCUCGGCUUCCCUCCUCAACUCCAAGGCGGCCCUCUACCUCCUCACCUCGCCGGUCGCCUCCCGCCCAUGCCGCAUCCUCAUCUCGGCGGGCCAGGCGGUCCCGGUUCUCCUCCACCUCCGCCGAUGUUUACGGCGGGCAACAACCCCGGCGCCGAUCUCAUGGCGCUGCUCAACUCGGGCUCAGGCGGCCAGCGCAUCGGUGCCGACGGGCCACCAGCGGGCGUACAGGUCAGGCAGGGCUGA